AUGGAUAACCUCAGCGGGAUAUCUGAACUACUGGGCCCAUCCAAGGAAUUCUUCGUGGUGGAAGCUGUGAUGUCGCCAGAAACACGUCUCAACGAAGAUGAUGGUACGAUAUUUGUCACUACCUCUUCUGGAUCCUGCAAAGCAAGCUGGGUGGAAAGACAGGCUAUGAUGCGGCUAAUUCAGGAUAAGCCUGUUGUUGUUGUCGAGACAGGUCAGGAAUUUGGGUUUAAAUGGCAUAUGCUUCUUUCUUGA